AUGGUGGUGUUCGCACUAGCUGUCCAAAUCUUACUCAUUCUCUUCGGCCAAAAGAGAAAGUCCAGCCACAAUCUCAAGCUCAGGAUCACCGUCUGGUGUGCGUACCUGACUGCGAACUCCGUGGCCACCGUCGCCCUCGGCGUCCUCUCCAGCAAGCUUGGUGACGUGGAUGAGAGAAAUGGUGGUCGUCUCAGCGACAACGACAAGUUGCUCGCAUUCUGGUCCCCGCUGCUUCUACUUCUCUUGGGGGGCCCUGACACAAUCACUUCCUUUUCUCUGGAGGACAAUGCUCUCUGGCUUAGGCACUGCCUUGGCCUGGUGGUUCAAACAUCAGCCACCACAAAUAUCAUCUUCAUGGCCUGGACAAGAUCUUAUCUCUCCUACCUCUCAUCAGUGAUGGCAUUGGUUGGGAUAGUCAAGUACGGGGAGAGAGUGUGGGCUCUUUGGACGGCAAGCAACGACAAGCUCAAGCAGUCGAUGCUGGCCCUGGCCCCACCUGAUCCCAGCCCGAAUUACUCCCGUUUCAUGGAUGAGUACACUUUGAAGCAGGCCGAGGGGUAUUACGUCAUGGCCGAUGAGGUGAUAGAGGACCAAGUGCCAGAAGGUAUUUAUAGUAGUGGUGAUGAUCCGGCCAGAAUGAUUGAUUCUGAGGUCAUUGUGAAAUCCUAUGACCUGCUUCAGAUGUUCAAGUGCCUCUUUGUUGAAUUGAUACUCAGCCAUGAUGAGAGGAAUACUAGCAAGUCCAUAUUCAAGGCGAUCGAUUGGAAGAGAGCUUUUAAGAUCGUUGAGAUCGAGCUCGGGUUCAUGUAUGAUUUGCUCCACACAAAGGCAAUGGUGCUUUACACCAAGUGGGGACUUCGACUCCGCUUGUUCACUUUCUCGACCACUCUGUUGGUUUUGGUGCUCUUCUCUUGGGCCAAGAAGUCGCACCUUUCAAGGGUCGAUCUUUCCAUCACUUACUUGUUGCUGGCCGCCAUUGUUUUCUUCGAGACCUAUUCGAUAUUGAUGCUGAUUUCAUCGGAUUGGUGCGACGUUUGGUUGCGCAAGCACAACAAGACCCGUGUUUUUGGACGUGCCGUGACCUUCAUGAGAUUGCCUAGACAACCCAGGUGGUCACAUUCAAUUGGCCAAUUCAGCUUGCUCAGCUUUUGUAGUAAAGAAAGGCCCUUGGUUUGCCAAAAUGUGCUCGAGUUCUUGAAGAUCAGGGAGAAGCUAGAGAAAUAUCACUACACUCUUCAUGAAGACAUGUCCGACGAGAUGAGGAAUUGGAUCUUCCGUCAUGUCAAGGAAGAUCUGCUCUACGUUGAGGAGCAUGACGCGCCAGUCCGCACGGAUAUUCACGAGUCCCUCGCUAAGCUACUCAAAGGUUAUGAGCUCCCUCAAGCUAAGUGGGCCACCGAGGGGGAUUUCGACCAGGUUGUCCUAACUUGGCACAUUGCCACCGAACUAUCAUACUACUCAGAUCAAAAGAAUGGGCGGAGAGAAUCCGAACUCCCUCAUUUUCGGGUGAGCAAGCUUCUCUCCAGGUACAUGUUUUAUCUUCUGGUCAUGUACCCUUCUAUGCUACCCGGAGGAAUCACAGAAAUAAGGCUACGCGACACCUUCGCCGAGGCUUUAAAGUUCUUUGAGGAUCGCCUAGCACCCAGUUCAGAACUGAAUGGAGAGCCCAAUUGGUGGAUAAAAAAUCUAGUGAUCAAUAGAGGGAAGAGAAAUGAAAUGAGCUCGUAUCUUCAGCGAGCUUCUAGAAUGCUGCUAGAAGUGAACACCGAAGUUCCUCCAAGUAAAGUGAAGGGCGGAAAGAGCAAGUCAGUGUUGUUCGAUGGAUGCAGGAUCGUGGCCGACAUCAGACAGAGGGAAAUAGGCAUAAAGUGGGAAACGAUCGCGAAGCUCUGGGUGAAGAUAUUGAUGUACGCCGCGAGCCAAUGCAGAGGGGAUCGUCAUGCUGGGCAGCUGAGGCGAGGGGGAGAGCUUCUGACCCAUGUUUGGCUCAUGAUGGCUCAUUUCGGCAUGACUGAUCAUUUCCAGAUGACCCAAGGCCAGGCCAUUGGUAAGCUCAUAUUGAAAUAG